CUGCUGCUGGAUGCGGAGCAGGCACCGCUGCUUAGCUGCGUUGACAUUUUAUUAUUAUUAUUGUUGUUAUUUUGGCGAUGCCUCGCAGGACUCGUCGUCUCGCUCCUUAUUAGUUAGCCCCGCAGCGGACACGGAGGAGGAGGAAGAAGAGGAGGAGGAGGAGGCGGGAGCAGCAGCAGCAGCAGCUUUUGGAGGCGGCUGCGUUCCCUGCUGCAAGGUGCUGCUCCGGCGGCAGCAGCGGGAGCCCCAGCAAGGAUGAUCCUAGCCUGAGCCGGGCGGGCCCAAUCCCGGCCAUCCUGCGCCCGCCGCCCACCAUGAUGCAGCCGCCCCUCGAUCUCAAGCCCUUCCUGUCGUUCCCCAUGGAGGCGCAGCCGGCCAUGGGCCUCUUCCCGGGUUUCAACACGGUAAGGCCGUGGCUGCUUCCGGCCCAGGAGGUGCAGGCUCGGAUGGACCCGGUGCAGAAAGCAGUGAUCAAUCACACCUUUGGGGUCCCUGUAGCCAAGGCCAAGCGCCCCAUUAUCUCCUGCAAUGUCUGCCAGAUCCGCUUCAAUUCUGAGAGCCAAGCUGAAGCACACUACAAAGGGAACCGUCACGCACGGCGAGUAAAGGGAAUCGAGGCAGCCAGAACACGGCAGAAGGAAUCGGGGCCACGGGAGGGAGAUAAGCCAGGACCUGUGGGCAGUCCGUCCUCCAGCACUGGGGAGAGCGAUUCUGACCGCACAGCUGAGCAACUGAACGGCAUUGCAGGGUCAGGGACGGUGCUUCCAGUGCCGGCUCCCACCUCUCCAGAGAAGCAGCCCUGCCUGGCGUCCCCACCAGUCGCAGCAGCAGCACCUGCACCGCCCUCGGUCCCCUCUCCGGAGCCGAGCCAGAGCUCCAAGAUUGGUCCUGCCUGGGGGAGUAAGACAGGAGAGGCCUCAACGGCGACUGCAGCACCAGCCACUCCAGGGGCGACUCCCCAAAGCAAUGGCAGCACCAAGCCUGACGAAGAGAAGGCCAAAAAGCUCUUAUACUGUGCACUUUGCAAAGUGGCUGUCAAUUCACUGUCUCAACUGGAGGCUCACAACAAAGGUACAAAGCACAAGACUAUCCUGGAAGCUCGCAGCGGCCUGGGGCCUAUCAAGGCAUAUCCACGCCUGAGCCCCACGGCUGGAGGGGAAGCAGGCAGCCAGGACCCCAGUGCUCAGGAGAGAACCUUCCACUGUGAAAUCUGCAAUGUCAAAGUCAACUCGGAGAUCCAGCUCAAACAGCACAUUUCCAGUCGGCGGCACCGGGAUGGAGUAGCAGGGAAGCCCAACCCCUUGUUGAGUAGGCACAAGAAGCAGCGUGGCAUGGCAGAGCUGACGGGCUCCCUGGCCUUCCCAAAGGAUCUUCCUAAAUCACUGGCAGCCGGAUUGCUGCCCAAUCCUCUGGCUGUAGCAGCUGCCAUGGCAGCAGCCGCUUCCACCCCGCUGACGCUUCGACCAGCCCCGACGCCUCCGCUGUUGCAGGGCCCGCCUCUGACGCACCCGCUGCUGCGCCCAGCUCCGGGGCCUAUCCGAACUGCACAUGGACCCAUCCUCUUCUCGCCGUACUGAUGCCGCCCGUCCGCCCACCUGCCUGCCACAGUCCUGGGACUCCUGGCACCACUGGAUCCGCCCCCCUGGCAACUAGCAACCAGUCCUGGCAAUGUCACACGGCGUCCAGUCCCGUCUGACAGGAGCAUUGUGCUCCCCCCUUGCCCCUCUUUUUUUUCUUUUUAACUGGAAAUGGAAUCCUUUUUUCUGAGAAGAGAAAAGGGACAAUCCCACCCUUCCGCAUGUACACACACAUAAACGGCCCCGCUCUCAACCCGGGUCUAGGGUCCCAGCCAAAUCUGCACAAAUGCUGGGUUCCCCCACGGGCUGAGCUGAGGAGUGUUCUUGGUGUGUGUCUGUGCAUGUGUGUGCACAAAUGAGUGUCAGUCACAUCUCCUGAGGUACGAAAAGGUUGGGGAGCGGCUUGGCCUCCCCAGGACUUUGUGGAGCACUGGAAGGGGAGGCAGUUGUGGUACCUCAGGGACUGAUCAGCAAGCCAUCUCUUCCAUCCCAGAGCUAGGGGAGGGGCGUGCUCCCCUCUCCCACUCAUACAAGCCAUUAUCCACUUGCACUGAGAGGUGGGGUGUGUAUGUGUGUGUGUGUGUGUGCACAGGACAGAAGAUAGGGCCUCCAUCAAAAAGAGUCCCUACUGCAAUAAUGCUGGCCGGCACCUCCAUGUACAUAUCCCCGCCCCCAUUUUCCCCACUUGCCUUUCCCUGUGCUGGCCCCACCUUCACUGCGCUUCCAUGCAUCGAUUGGGGCUCUACCUUUUCCCUGCAGGGCCCCUCACCUCAACAAGAGACUGGCAGAGCAAGUACUGUGCUCCCAUAACCCACCCACCCCCCAACUUUUCCACAUGCACUAAGAGGCAGAUGGACUGACAAACAUCCACCCAUUUGGUUGUGUUUUAUCCCAUUUGGAUGAAUCAGAAAGCUUCCAUCUUAGCUGAGAUGAGUGCUUGACCCAUCACCUCGCUGGAAACAAGAGGAUGGUCAAGGGCUCCCCUCCCUGAAGAAGGCCAGGGAUCACUCCUUAAGAGUCACUUGCAUCUCUGUCUGCUUGUAGAUCUUUCCUUUGGGUUAUUUGUGCUGUUGCCACAGAAACACAUCACUCUCUUUUGCCUCCCCCUUGCUGAGUCUACAUGGUGUGGGUCCCCAUCCCUCCACCCCUUUCUUGAGUGGGUGGGACAUUAACCAAGAGGCCAGGUUGUUCGUUUCCUGGAGAUUAAGCAGCCCUAUUCUCCCAAAGCCCAAACCCACCCGGAGUACAUAAAAUUCCAGAUGCUUGUUAAAUUCCCUGGCACACAUCCUAGUUGGAGCCUCUUGGGGUGUGUGUUUGUGUGUGUUUGUGUGUGCGUGCACAUCUGCAUGUGUUGAUUAAUGGAACAAUGGAGUUUCUCUUCCUCCUUCUCUCUCUUUCUCCCUCUCUCACUGUCCUGCCGUCCUACUUUCUCUUUCUUUCUCUAGCGCGCACACACACACAUAUACACAAGUGCACAGUUCCCCAUCUUCCCAAUGCAAGGCUCCAGACAAAAUAGCCCAGGGAGGAAGGUCUUCCAUGCCAUGGCCAAUGCACUGGCCGCGCUACUCUCCCCUGACCCUCUGCCCCUAAUGAAACUGUGACUGAAGUUCAGAGCAAUAGAGACACUGGCGUGUGUGGGGGGGAUAGGAGCCCCCUUCUCCCCCAACUGGCAUGAAUCACGCCAGGCCUGCCCCAUGUUACCUCAGUCCUUGGAGCCCACAGGGCAACCCGUUCCUUUCCAUCCUCCCAUUCUGCCCAACCCAAGAUGUCCUGUUUGCCCCAGAGUGUCUGUCUAUCCACCAUCCGUUUCUCCAUGCUAGACUCGCCUUGGCCCCUCUCUCUUUACUGCUGACACCAAUGUCUUUCUGCUUCAUCCCACAUAGCACCUUUUAUUCCUUCCUGACCCCCGCCUCUCCCACCCUUGACAACAAUAAAAGAAGUGAUAAGGCUCA